AUGGUCGUAAGGUACCAUAAAGUCAGAGAGGUGGUCAUUUUGAAAGGCACCAAACACACACCUGUACGCUCUCAAGACGGCAAUAGCCGAACUUAUGCGGUGACGCAACCAAAACAGGAUCCACCUCCCAACAAAAAGUUCCACGGCCACUAUUUCGAAACUCGUGCGCACCUAAAUAGAGAAAGGCAUCUAUGCUUGUACAUCAUUUGUAGCUUCGCUACCCACGGGGUACGGGGUGAAUGCCCUUAUAGUCCUCCGUCCUCCUCGAGCAUAGCGCCCUCCCGUUCUAGCGCGCGAGAAUCCCUCUUCUUUUGA